AUGUGUUUAUUAAAACAGGUGACAUCAGAAUCAUGGAGUUUUUUUCGUGGUGUUACUUACUUAUUUCGUAUGGAAAAUGAUGAAGAUGAAUGGAGCUAUGAUGAAGAGCCACAUGUAUCAAGACGAAAAGAAAUUUUAUCAAAAUAUCCAGAAGUGAAAAAUCUAAUGGGACCAGAUAUUAAAUUGGCUUAUUUUAGUUCAUUUGAAGUAUUCUUACAAUUUAUUGUAGCUGUAUACAUAUCAAUUUAUCAACCACCAUUCUUAAUAUGGUUAUUUUUAACAUAUACAAUCAGUGGAACACUUAAUCAUUCACUUGGUUGUGCUAUACAUGAAGUUGGACAUAAUUUAGUAUUUGGGCAUAAAUAUGGUAAAGCAAAUCGUUUAUAUUCAAUAUUUAUUAAUUUACCAAUGGGUUUACCUAUUGCUAUAUCUUAUAGAAAAUAUCAUCAAACUCAUCAUAGAUGGUUAGGUCAUGAAAAUGGUGAUGCCGAUAUGCCAUUAAAUUUAGAAGUGAAAUUAUUUACUCAUCCAAUAAGUCGUUUUAUAUGGAUUAUUAUUCAUCCAUUAUUUUAUGCAUUUCGUCCUUUCAUAAAACAUCCAUUACCAUUAACAUUAUGGGAAAUAAUUAAUUUUCUUAUUCAAAUUACAUUCGAUAUAAUAGUUUGGUAUUAUUUUGGGAUAUGGACAUUAUGUUAUUUCAUUAUUGGUACAUUACUUGGUUUAGGUUUACAUCCAUUAACUGGUCAUUUUAUAAGUGAACAUUAUCUGUUUAUUGAUCAACAAGCAACACAUUCAUAUUAUGGUAUUGCAAAUUAUUUAAUGUAUAAUUUAGGUUAUCAUGUUGAACAUCAUGAUUUUCCAUAUAUUGCUUAUACAAAAUUACCUAAAUUAAAAGAGAUUGCUAGUGAAUAUUAUGAUCAUUUACCAUAUCAUACAUCAUUGUGUAAAGUUUUAUGGGAUUUUGUAUUUAAACCAAAUAAUGGUCCACAAGCUCAUUGUGUUACAUCACAAGAUUUAUCAAAACCAGAAAUAUAUAAUCAUCAACCAAUAUCAAGUAAUGGAUUAAAAUGUACUAGAGAACUAUUAAAAAUAUCCGAAUGUGAACAAUGUAAAAAAGAGAAAAGAAAAAAGAAAGAAUAA